AGGGCGAGCAUAGUCUUGGUGAGCUUUCCUACGCGUCUCGUUAUGGAAUCUGCUUAUGCCGUCUCGUUGCGAAAUUGGAACCAAUGGUGUCAGCAAAAUGGCACCAGCACAGCACAAAAGGCGCAGAAACGCCCUGUUCUUCCUAUCCCCUUUCUCCCAAACACAACCUCUGCUCAACUUGCAAUCCUGACUUGUGAAGUCCUGAAUACUUUACCAACACCUGCCAUCUGUCUUACACGCAUUCGACAAUACGAAGUCAAUACCAAGUCGUAAUCCACAGCAAGCCACCACACGCAGCAGCCUAUGCAGCAGCAGUAUCCCAUUCAGCAACCGGAGAUGUCUCACUUCGCCGCACCCAUGUCCCUAAUCAGGAUCACCAUCCAGGUAUCCCGGAACCGGACAUCUGAGUUCCGCUCCCUUGUGCUUGCAGCGCAACGGAAUCAACGACCGGAGCAGCGCCGUGACUUGGUGCAGACACAACGAGUGUAUUCUAUCCAGGAACUCUUGGGUCUGAGACCGUCAGACACAUCGGUAGACAAAGUGCAGACAAUCUCAGUGGCUGCAGCCGGCAACGUUCCGGUUGCACACGCCGUCCAGCAAGACGAUAGUGAGCAAAGUCAGCAGCCUACCAUGAGCUCCCCGAAGAGCUCCCGGAUGGACACCCAGAGCGCCCUACCGGACUGGCCCACGUUCAGUCAGCGCCUAAUAACGGCUCUGAUAGCAACGCUCACCGAGGACGACGAUCAGGAAUGCGCGGUCUGCAUGCAAGCGUACGACGAUGAGGACACGGUACCUAUCCGCUUCGCGGCAUGCAAGCAUUACAUGUGCCGUGAGUGCGCACUGCAAUGGUUCAAGCCCGCCUCAAUCAAUGACUUCGAGCCACAGCAGACGAAUACUUGCCCACAGUGCCGCACAAGGGUCUUCUGCCAACGGCGGAAAGGCAUGGACAUUAUGAUGUCGAUUGUCGCCCCGGAGAUCGGUAUAGAAGAGAUACGCGAUGUUGUCGGGUUGCAGAUCUCGCGUUUCAACAAUGGAUUUCCCGUGCUCGAGAAACUGCUAAGGUACGGCUAAGAGCACCAGCCACGUCUCUUUCGCGACGUGGGUUUGCGUGAUGGACUGAUCACGCCGCUCGAGGCUUUGGCCGCACUCGGGCUUCUUGGAAGGCGUCUGUCCGC